CACACACACACACACAGCCAUGAUGACAGCGAGCAGACAAAGGGCUCAUCGAUACACACUCACACACCCUCAUCUGUGAUCAAUCGCCGGCUCUGAUCGUCGCUUUCGCUUUGACACAUUUGCAGAAACAGCGGGAUUCGGUGAGUGUGUGUGUGUGUUAUAUUUAGAGUGUGUGUAUGUGUCUCCUCUAGUCAGGCAGAGGUUACACAGCAACACACACAUACACACACACACACACACACACGCGGCUCCGCGGAUCUGAACGGUUGAACUGCUGCUUCAUCAGAACCGACGGCGCGGGAAGCGGAUCACCGGGUUCGAGAUCUGCGUGGCUUGGCAGCGGUUCCUCGUGGCAUGACGACCACUAAUAAAGGAAACAAGGCCUUGAAGGUGAAGAGGGAGCCCGGCGAGAACGGGACGAGUCUGACGGACGAUGAGCUAGUGUCGAUGUCGGUGCGCGAGCUCAACCAGCACCUCCGCGGCCUGUCCAAAGAGGAGAUCCUGCAGCUGAAGCAGCGGCGGCGGACACUCAAGAACCGAGGCUACGCCGCUAGCUGCCGAGUCAAGCGCGUCACGCAGAAGGAGGAGCUGGAGCGCCAGAAGGCGGAGCUCCAGCAGGAAGUGGAGAAGCUGGCUUCAGAAAACGCCAGUAUGAAAGUGGAGUUGGACGCGCUGCGCUCCAAAUACGAGGCUCUGCAGAGCUUCGCCAGAACUGUGGCGCGAGGGCCGGUGGUGCCCGUGUCCACCGCAGCCGUGCCCGUGUCCCCCCGCGGGCCUCUGGCCUCCGUCAUUGGGCCCCUGAUCCCUGGCAAGGUGGGAGCCACCAGUGUGAUCACCAUAGUAAAGUCCAAGACCGACGCCAGGUCUUAGUAGCGCAAAUAGUGGAAGGUUGGUCAGUGCACCGUAGAGCUGCGGCCAGAAAUACAGGCUUGGCAGUUCAUGGAUUGUUUCUUACACUUAUGGAAUCAAUCGCGAUUCUUUCUGGAAUAAAUUUUGAGGCGCAGUUGGUAUUAUAGGCUAGUUUUGGACAGCAGAUGGUGCUCUGGACUAGUGUUUAACAGCAGACAGCGCUCUAGACUAGUUUUGGACAGCAGAGGGCGCUCUAGGCUAGUGUUUAACAGCAGACGGAGCUCUAGACUAGUUUUGAGCAGCAGAUGGCGCUCUAGGCUAGUUUUAAACAGUAGGUGGCGCUCUUUCGUUUUUAACAGCAGAUGGCGCUCUAGGCUAGUUUUGGACAGCAGAUGGAGCUCUAGGCUCGUGUUUAACAGCAGACGGCGCUCUAGGCUAGUUUUGGAUAGCAGAUGGUGCUCUAGGCUAGUUUUAAACAGCAGAUGGAGCUCUAGGCUAGUUUUAAACAGCAGGUGGUGCUCUUUUUUUAGUUUUUAAGAGCAGAUGGCACUCUAGGCUAGUUUUAGACAGCAAAUGGCGCUCUAGGCUAGUUUUAAACAGCAGGUGGCUCUCUUCUUUAGUUUUUAACAGCAGAUGGCGCUCUAGGCUAGUUUUGGACAGCAGAUAGCGCUCUAGGCUAGUUUUAAACAGCAGAUGGAGCUCUAGGAUAGUUUUAAACAGCAGGUGGCGCUCUUUUUUUUCGUUUUUAACAGCAGAUGGCGCUGUUGGCCAGUUUUUAACAGUAAAACACUUUUAAACCGGACAUUAAGGCAUACAGCGCCAUUUGUUGGUAAAAGUCUGAGCUCAAAAUCUAUUCCAGACAGAAUCGCAGUGAAUUGGUAAGGUCUCGGAAUCCGUGUCGAAUGGUUUCUGGAUUGGCGAUGCAUGUAUUUCUGGAAGCAGCUCUAGUGCACGAGGCUUCAGGUGCGGGUGGCGCUCUCGCAGGCCGAUGAACACCCAAUAAAACUCUCUAAUGUGGCUCACAAAACGCGGAAAGCACAUGACGGACGGUGAUUCACUUGGGCUUCCAAAACAUCUCCAAAUUACGAAAUCCGAAAACAUGCAGCCAAAUUCUCUCUUUGUGGAUCUGUGUGUGUGCUGUGACAUUUGUAAUUUUGUACAAAUAUUGGCGACUUUGUAUUGUGUUUUUCACAUGGGGUCCAAGUGUUUUAUUUAUAUGUGAUCAUUCAGUGUUUACUGUACUUUUUAUACGGCGUUCGGUGUUUCUUUUCUCGUCGGAUAUAUAUAUAUACUGUUCCGCCAUGUUUCCGUCCUUUUGUUUACGGACUGCAGGCACAAAACACUUUAAACCGUUUAGACUUCCAAACUCUUUUGGCGUGGAACUGAAGGAGGAGCUUUCCAUAGUGGGAGAGCGUCAGCCAAUGAGAAGCUCCCUUUACCUGAGCCUCGUUUAUGCACUGACCAAUCACUGAGGGGCGUGAGGAGAGGAGGCGGAGUCGAAUCAGCUGAUGUUGUUCAUAUGGUAGCUAUAUCAGAAUCUGCCACCAGUUUAUGAGCUCCAGGCGUCCGCUUCAGGACAGGAGGUGCUUUUAUCGGCAAGGCAAUAACAUGUUGAUGUUAUGCGGCGGUUGUGACUUGUUUUUCUUUAUUUUCUUGUUGUGUGAGCUUCGCACAAGUCCUGAGAAGUCUUGAGAAGUCAAGAAUAUUUUUGUUCUGUGUUGGCUUUGUUCAUUUACAUCUUUUAUUUUUACUUCUGCCUCUGAAAGACGGACCGUCGGGUGACAUAAACUGGUGAAAUCUCACAAGCUUUACCAUAACUUUGUUGCUGUGACAUUGCGUAACGUAUUCUAAGAAUCUUUGUCUAUAUGGUGGAGUCUUGAAUUUUAUAAAGAAAAAAAAAACGACAGAGUAUCUUGCAUUAUUUAUAAAACGUUUAAAAAAAAAAAGAAGUAUAAAGUUGUUUGAUAGCUCUCUUUUUUGCAAUUGUACCAAAAGUGGCUUAACUAUUGAAGUCAAUAGCUUUUUCUAGUGACUAGGCGCGUAAAACUGUGGACUAGCGCGUGUGGUGUGAUUUGUACUGGUGAGGUGGCGGUGUUGUUUACGACGUGGAUGUGAUGCUCUUAUCUUCUGAUUUCAGACGAACGAACGCAGGCCGUAAACGCCGCCGCUUGCGUCUUGAUGUUUGCGUGCUCCGUGUUUCAGCGGACGACACACAAACGCGCAGCGGCCGCAUGGCCUGCGUUUGAGUCCUUUUACGUGACGUGUGAUUUUAUAUAUUUUUGAUGUAAACCGUUUCUAUGGUAUAUUAUAUUUGUUGUUGUUCUUUUCUCUCUUUCUUUCUUUUAUUUUUGGUUGUUUUCUUGAAAUGCCAGGGAAGUGACUCUUGUAUCUGCACUGAUUGAAACAUGCGAUGUGCUCCGGCUGCUCUUCAUGCUGCAACACUGCUCAAAUAUCCCCCAUACAUUUCUCUGUCCUUUUCGGCCAAAUUUUGGUUUCUCCUUUAAGAAAAGGAUGUGAACUUGCAUUAAUGCUGCACUAGUAUUUCUUCAGAGCUACUGCAAUUAUGAGAUUUUAUAUAAUUGUUACAUCUUUGGACUCUUGUUUGUUUGUUGCAGCGCACAUAACACUAAAAUCAAUCUGUGUUGCUGCAUUACUGAAAACACCAAGUUAUUACAUCACUACAAUGUAUUUGAGUUCAUAAAAUACUGAAGAUUAAAAAUAUGUGCACGUGCAUAUAUAAAAUUUGAAGA